AUGCUGUCUAAUUCUUCACCCUCGAACCCUCACCUCACCGGCCUCAAGGCCCGGCGCCGCCGAAAGACUUCCAAGGAAGAGCGCAUCUGUCCAGUUUGCGCGCAGACAUUCAAAAAAGCGGAGCAUCUAGCUCGGCAUUUGAGAUCGCAUACGAAAGAGAAGCCCUUUAACUGCCCAGUUUGUAACAAGGCCUUUGCGCGACAAGACACACUACUACGCCACUCACGAUCGCAUCCUGCGGGAAGUAAUGCGUAUACCAGCACAGCCGGAAUGUACCGAGCAAUCGAUGAGUCUAUGGAUGAAUCUAUGGACGAAGAACAUCAGGAAUACAAUGUCAACCCCGAGCUCAUCUCGCAAGCGAUCGGCUCUGAGAUCCCAGCGGUUCCGCUACAUCUCGACCAUCUUAACCCCAUGGCAGGAAAUAUGAUGGCACCAGUCUCACCACCAAACAGCUCAUCCAUUGACAAGCACACGCCAAACAUGUCAAUCGGCGAGACAAGCACGUAUCCAACACAAGUCACUCCCUUGACGUCUCUCUUCUCUCUAGAAACUGGUGACGCCUGGAGAAACCAAGCCAGCCCGCAAAAUCCGAUGUGGGAUUAUCUGCUUGACCGCGAGUGGGAGACUCUUCUCACUGGCGAGGACUUUGAUUUGGAUGCUGUGAAUACAUCUUUACUAUAUGCUACGUCGGAUUAUGUGCCUGUGGAUACUAUACCUGGCAUGGAUAUAACACGACUCCUGCCUUCGGUCCAGACUGCUUCGAUGAACAGCGAUAGUGCUAAACAGCAUGCCGAUACGGUACAGAAGAAGUGGCAUACUUAUUCAGAACUUGCCUCCUCGGGACAGAUGACUCCAGAUGUACCUCGAGAGGCCAGCUUUAUUGAUGAGGCGUAUCGAAAGCGACUAGCGGACCGUCUCCAGCAACGAGUGCAGCAUGGUAUCUUACCUUCGACUCCUUUUCUUGACCUAUGCAUCCAAGCAUACUUUUCCAAAUUCCAUCCCCUUUUCCCCGUGGUGCAUAUGCCCACUUUUCGACCUGGCACCCAAAAUGCCGUUCUCCUCUUAUCUGUCUGUUCUGCUGGGAGUCUCUUCGUUGCUUCCUCGAGGGCCAUUUCCCACGGUAUCAGUAUGUUUGAGCGGUUAAACAAAGCGAUACUCGCAUCGUGGGACACAUACAUUUCCAAAUCUGGUGGAUCUUCUGUAGUGGCCUUACAGGCUUCGAUCGUUGCACAGAAUUUCGGUUUAUUGCUGGGGCGACCAAAAGAUUUGACGGGAAUUGAGAUGUGGCAUGGCAGUAUAAUUGCGUGGGCGCGCAAGGCUCGAAUUUUUGACCUGAGACACUCGACAUACAAUCUUCUCGACCUCGACGGCCAGGCCCUCGAGGACGCCUGGCUACGCUGGGUACAAGUUGAAGUUAAGAAACGAAUCGUCUUGGGUCUUUACAUCCAUGACGCCGAACUCGCCCAUUUACACCAUCACGAACCUAUCCUCCGACACUCCCCUGAUCGUCUCCCUCAAAUCUCAUCCAAUGAACUGUUCACAGCAUCUAGUGCUGAACACUGGAAAUACCUCAUGCUAGACGAACAAGCACGCACUCUCACUAAUAAUCCUCCUCACAAUUCUCCACCGUCACAACAAAACCACCGUCCUCAAGGAGUUCUCCCCAGCGAUUUCGCACUUGUCGGCAUGCUCGAAUCUAUAAGCGCAAUGGCCUACGAAGUACAUGAUCAGACUACUCUCCAGAAUCCCUGGGAUCCUACCUCUACCUCUACACUGCCACCACCUUCCUCUUCAUCUACACCCCCAACAACCCAAUGCCACACCCUCCUCGCAACAUGGUACACAACCUACCAACCCACCCGCCACUCCAAACCAUCCUGGCCCUGCCUAAUGAUGCUCUGGCACUCAAUCUACAUAACCCUGCACGCAGACAUCAACGCCCUCGAAUGCGCCGCCGGGAGGGAAGGUUACGAUGCGGUCCAGAAAUACACACCCUACGCACGAGCUUGGGUGCGUUCCGCCGAUGCGAAACGCUGUUUACUCCAUGCGCUGCUUAUCCAGAAGAAUUUCGAGUCUUUGUCUGCGGGUGCGGAACCGGGUAUGUUUGUGCCGAAGUGCUUGUAUUAUUGUGGGUUGGUUUGGGCUUGUUUUAUGUGUUUUGGUGGGGAUAGCCAGAGCCGUGAGGGUGAGGUUGAACCUGAAAAAGAUAAUGAGAAUAAGCUCAACCCCGGAGAUUCCGAAGGUCAACGGGAAAAUGGUUGUAUCACGAUUGGUCCAGCGGAGAAUUUACAAUUCGCCGAACUCCGUUUACCAGGCGUUGAUGGGAUAGGCGUGUUUCUGGAGCAGAUGGGUGGCUUACAGCCUCGACGAUUAGCUGUGGGGAGUUUAUUCCGGAUUAUUGAUUUGUUGCAGCGGAUCAGUCAUUGGAAGAUUGCGCAGAGUUUGGCGAUGACGCUUUUGGUUGUUGUUGAGGAGACGCAGGAUUUGUUUUGA